AUGCCUGCCACCAAUGCUGGGUGGCCGGAGGAGUUUGGCUUUAAGAUCCGUGGAAAUGGCCCCUGCUACAUCGUGGCUGUGGAGGAAGGCAGCAGCGCCCAAGUGGCCGGCCUCCAGCCCGGAGACCAGAUUUUGGAGAUCGAGGGGCAGCCUGUUCCCUCCAUGAGUGCCGACGCCCUGGCGAUCCUGGCCAGGCAGUGUGAGAACGUGCCCCCGAGCAUUGGUGUGCUCCCGCCUCCAGCAGGUGGACCUCCCCCCGGGGCUGUGGAGAGCGUGGCUCAGGACUCGCCGGCUGCCCAAGCGGGCAUCAAAGAGGGCGAUUACAUCCUGGAAGUCGAUGGCAUUUACGUCCAUCGUUAUGAAGAUGCGGCUGCUGCAAUGAGAUCCUGCCGGGAGGGAGGUCUGAGACUGGGGCUGCUGCGGCUGGGGCGGCUUCAGCGGUGGGCUAGCAGCAGCGUGGAGGAGUUUAUCCGGAGUGCAGACGCCGUGCAUCAGGAAAGGAGGCAGAAAGCUCGGGAGUUCAGCAAGAAGGUGCAGGAGAUUCUGGCUGACCAGCCCGAAGUGAGAGAGAAGAUGUUCACCUCCCUCAAGCAGUUUGCCGCCGAGCGGAAGGUGGACUGCUUGGCUCAUGCCCUCUCCCUCCUCCUCAUCGAGGACUCCCACCGGCUGCUCCUGGACCACAUCAGGAUCUUCAUCCCCAGGAAACACCGGCAACGCUUUGAUGAGGUGGUGUCCCAGAGUCUCAUCAGCAAGCUGUGCCGAGCCAAGAGGCAACAGCCGGCCAACCGCCUGAGACGAAGCCGCAGCGAAGACCAUCACGAGCGACUGCUGGUCUCCACCCGGGCCAGCUCGGUGCCCCGGAGCCAGGAGGAGAAUUGCCUGAGCUUGAGAAAGUCCACCACCCUGAUUGGCAGCAAUGUGGGGACGGGGGCAGCUUGCAGAACUGUCCGUGUCUACAAGGGCAGUAGAAGUUUCGGGUUUACAUUACGUGGCCAUGCCCCUGUGUGGAUCGAGUCCAUCUUGCCUGGGAGUCCAGCUGACAAAGCGUCCCUGAAAGCUGGCGACAGAAUCUUGUUCCUGAAUGGCCUGGAUAUGAGGAACUGUUCCCAUGAGAAGGUGGUCUCCAUGCUCCAAGGCAGUGGGGCAAUGCCCACCCUUGUGGUUGAAGAAGGCAUUGUUAGUUUUUCUAGUGAUGGCGAGUCCUCGGAAGCCCCCAGCUCCUCCUCAGCCCUCACCUCCUUGCAGUGGAUCGCUGAGAUCCUGCCUUCCAGCAUCAAGAUCCAGGGAAGGACCUUCCACCAACAGCUGGAACAUCUGCUCACACCAGCAGAGCGCUACACAGUCUGCAAAGGCCUGGAGAGCUUCUUCCAGCACAGGAACAUUGACACCUUGAUUGUGGAUGUCUACCCUGUCCUGGACACGCCCUCCAAGCAGGUGAUCUGGCAGUUCAUCUACCAGCUGCUAACCUACGAGGAGCAGGCCCACUGCCAGCAGAAAAUUGCCAGGUUCCUUGGCUACAAGUCCAUGGCCAGUGGCCCAUCCGAUGCUGAUGACCUACAAAAUGAACCUGAAGUGGAAGAACAGCCACGGAGUUCCCUACGGACUGGCCCAGGGAGUCGGAAGAGUCUGCGAAGUCAUAGCCCCAAGGACGGCGAAGCCCGGGGCUCUGCUGAAGCUGCCGAGAUGUCCGGCCGUUUAGCUCCUGGAGAACGCCAAGCAGGAGAUGGAACGUCCCUUCCAGAGACCCCCAACCCCCAAAUGAUGUCGGCAGUCUACGCCGAACUGGAAAGCCGUCUGACUGCAGGCUUAGGUGGGAAGUUGAGCUGCCUGCCUGUGUGCCGGACAUCAUCUCUGGCUUCAGAGCCUGCAGGUAACUCCUCCGGUCAGAAGAGCCCAAAAGGAUUAACUAUUUCCUGGCAGAAUGAUCCUGCCCUGCAGCCUUGCUAUUACCGCUCGCCUGGUGGCCUCCCUUCCCCCUGCAGCACAGACUCGAACCCCUACGUCAGCCUGGACAGCAGCCCGGCCUUGUCGCCCAGGCUGAGCCCCCUGUCUUGCCGGCGGAAGCUCUUCACCUUCUCGCGGCCGCCACGCAGCCGGGAUACGGACCGCUUCCUGGAUGCACUGAGCGAGCAGCUAGGCCAUCGCAUCACCCUGGUGGAUGACUUCCUGGUGCCGGAGAACGAUUACGAGGAGAUGAGUUUCCACGAUGACCAGGGCAGCUACAUGGCCAAUGACCGGAGCAGUGCCAGCGACGGCUUGAGCAGCAGUGAAGGGAGUUCUCUGACCUACUCCAUUUUGUCAGACCACCUCCCACCGCCUCCGAUCAGCCCACCCCCCAGACCUCCGCAGUUCCGUGACCCCCAGAAAGAGCCCAGGGCCAUGGAGGCAGCCCAAAAUGCUCCCUCCGGCCCCCACCACACAGCCCAGCUCCCCCUCCCUCCUCCCCCUCCUCCCCCUCCUCCCCUCCCUCCCCCAAUGCCCUGUCUGCCCCCUCCAAUGCUACAAGGAAGCGUUCACCGCAGGAGUGAGUCCAGCCACAUGAGCGUUAAGCGGCUGCGCUGGGAGCAGGUGGAGAACUCGGAAGGCACCAUCUGGGGCCAGCUCGGGGAGGAUUCGGACUACGACAAGCUAAGUGACAUGGUCAAGUACCUGGACCUCGAGCUGCACUUUGGAACCCAGAAGCCAGCGAAACCAAGCGCCUUGCCGGAGCCCCUUAAAAAAAAGCACCUGGUUGAGAUUCUGUCCCACAAAAAGGCCUACAACACAGCCAUCUUGAUUGCGCACCUCAAGCUCUCCCACAUCGAGCUGCGCCAGAUCCUCCUGAGCAUGGAGAGUGACCGCCUGGAAGCCACGCACAUCAAGCAGCUGCUGCUCUUUGCACCCGACGCCGAGGAGGUGCAGCGUUUCCACAGCUACCAGGGCGACCCCAGCAAGCUGAGUGAGCCGGACCAGUUUAUCCUGCAGAUGCUUUUGGUGCCUGAAUAUAAAACCCGCCUGUGCAGCCUUCACUUCAAGACAACCCUGCAGGAGAAGGCAGAGGAGAUUACGGCCAGCUGUGAGUGCAUCUAUAAUGCUUCCCUGGAACUGAAGAACAGCAAGAAACUGGCCAAAAUAUUGGAGUUUGUGCUGGCCAUGGGCAACUACCUAAACCAUGGGCAACCCCAAACCAACAAAACAACCAGCUUUAAAAUCAACUUCCUCACAGAGCUGAACACAACGAAAACAGUCGAUGGGAAAUCCACGUUUCUGCAUAUUCUUGCCAAAUCACUUAGCCAACAUUUCCCAGAGCUCCUGGGCUUUGCCAGGGAUUUGCCCACAGUGCCACAUGCUGCCAAAGUGAAUCAGAGAACGUUAACAGCUGACCUCAAUGACCUUCAUCGCACUGUCCGUGAGAUUGAAAUCGCCUGCCAGAACAUGGUGCCUUCAUCACCCGAGGACAGAUUUGUGCCUGUGAUGGAUGCCUUCCUGGAGAGUGCAGAUCCCACCGUCCAAUCCCUCGAUGAUCUCCAGCACAAAGCCAUGGAAGAAUUCAGGAAAGUCUUAUCCUUCUUUGGGGAAGACUCCAAAGCCACAACCUCGGAGGACUUUUUUGGCAUUUUUGCUGAGUUCAUGAGCAAAUUUGAGCGGGCCUUCAACGACGUGCAGGCCAGCGAACCCCUGUGCAGCCCGAAGGCGAUCCCUCCACUUGCCUGGUGA